CCAUUUGAUGCACAUCAGUGGAAAGGGAGGGGAAGGGGCGUCUUUGCAGACAAAGCUGCCCAGUAGCCUCCUGUCAUGUCGGACGAUGCUGAGAAGAACGAGGCUCCCCCAGAACAGGAGCAACAAGGGAAGGAGAAGGAGGAGGAGCAGGGAAAUCCUGAGGAACAUGACCAGGUGGAGGGGAAGCUGCAGGAGCAGCCACAGCCACAGUCCCCACCUCAGAGCCCCCCAGCAGCACCAGAGGCCCCCGCAUCGCCUGUGAUGGUGACGGUGACAAUUGAGGAGGAGACUGUGGGGGGACCGCAGGAGAAUGGGGAUCCCCCAGGGCUGAGGGCUGGCUCAGCUGAGGAGCUAGGGACCACCACAGCCCCACCCAGUAGCCCCCCAGCGCGUUCCAAAUCAGCCUCGUUGAAUGACCUGAAGCCCCAGAACAGUGUCAAUGGUGACCCACGGGCUGUCAUGAGGAGCAGUUUGUCUGGGUCUCAGGUACACUUAGCGGGAUCGGCAGGAUCUCCGCGGGCCAGCCUGAGCCGGCAGGCCUCAACCAUAGCAUCAGCAGCUGGUGAAGCUGGGGAGAAACCCAAAGACUACAUAUUCAUUGCUGCCCUCUCCUGUUUCUGCCCUAUUUGGCCCAUCAACAUUGUUGCCUUUGUGUACUCUGUCAUGUCCCGUAACAGCUUCCAGCAGGGAGACAUUGAUGGGGCCCGGCGGCUGGGACGGGUCGCAAAACUGCUGAGCAUUGUGGCAUUGGUCGGGGGGGUGCUCAUAAUUGUAGCCUCUUGUGCCAUCAACUUUGGAGUGUUCCAGUGA